UCCGUUAGGGGGUGGGAAAAGAUGUUGCCAUAGGUCGCCGAGGCCACCAUCGCUUCUCUUACUGGCCAAAGCCGAAAAAAGAUCACCCCUCCCAUUCGUUAGAGAGCAAAUCCCGAGAAAGCUCAUUGGCUGCGUCGUCCGCGGGCCUUGGUCCUCUUUAAAAGCGGGCAGAGGCCGCUAGAAGAGGGGGCGGGCAAGGGGCUCGCUGUUGCCGUGGUUACGUGGAGGCACGUGUGCAGUCCCGGAAGCGCCUGGGGGGAAGCUACUUGGCGCGCGCCGCCGGAGGAAGCGUCACCCGGUCCGCUUGGGUCGGGUCCGGCUGGGCCAUGGAGUGGCUUCCUGAGCCCGCGUCCCGCUGUCUCCUGCCUCUACCCUUGUUGCUGAUGUUGCUACUACUGCCGGCCCCGGAGCUGGGCCGGAACCAGGCCGGAGCCGAGGAGAACGACUGGGUUCGACUGCCUAGCAAAUGCGAAGUCUGUAAAUAUGUUGCCGUUGAGCUAAAGUCAGCUUUUGAGGAAACAGGCAAGACCAAGGAGGUGAUUGGCACAGGCUAUGGCAUCCUGGACCAGAAGGCAUCUGGAGUCAAAUACACUAAGUCGGACUUACGGUUAAUUGAAGUCACUGAGACCAUUUGCAAGAGGCUUUUGGACUACAGUCUGCACAAGGAGAGGACGGGCAGCAACCGGUUUGCCAAGGGCAUGUCAGAGACCUUUGAGACGUUACACAACCUGGUACACAAAGGGGUCAAGGUGGUGAUGGACAUCCCCUAUGAACUGUGGAAUGAGACUUCUGCAGAGGUGGCUGACCUCAAAAAGCAGUGUGAUGUGCUGGUGGAAGAGUUUGAGGAGGUGAUCGAGGACUGGUACAGGAACCACCAGGAGGAGGACCUGACAGAAUUCCUCUGCGCCAACCACGUGCUGAAGGGAAAGGACACCAGUUGCCUGGCAGAGCAGUGGUCCGGCAAGAAGGGAGACACAGCUGCACUGGGAGGGAAGCAGUCCAAGAAGAAGAGCAGCAGGGCCAAGGCAUCCGGCAGCAGGAGCAGCAGCAGCAAACAAAGGAAGGAGCUGGGUGGCCUCGAGGGAGACCCCAGCCCUGAGGAGGAUGAGGGCAUUCAGAAGGCAACCCCCCUCACACACAGCCCCCCUGAUGAGCUUUGAGCCUAACCCAGUGUCACCUGUAACGAGAACCUUGAUAUUGCAGCCGGAGCGUCUGGGGCACGACUGUAGCAGGCAAAGAUGGCACUGCUUCCUUCAGGUUCUCCCUGCCUUGGCUGUGCCCUCUUCUGUCAAGAAAAGAUAUAAGCCCCAGGAAGAAAUCCUCAGCUAUGGUCAGCCCGUGCCAGCCUUUACCCUCUGCCACGCAUCCCUCUCCCGACCUGGACUUUAGGCAGGCCGUGUGGUUUCUGGACUUCAAGGACGCCAAUGUGAACUCAGGAGAGACAGAUGUCAGAGCUGGGCACCAGGACUGGGUCCACAGCUCAUAAGGAGGGCAGGCAGGAGCUUCACCUGACCUCCCUCCUAUGCUCAGAAGGGAGCAAGACUGCAGCACCCCAUAGCGGCUCUGUGUUCACCCUUCCUGUGGGCACCUUGCACUCUGUCUGCCCUCCACGGGGCUCUCAGAGUAAAAACCUUCUGG